AUAACGUCAAAGUCAAUCUAAAUUUAUUUUGGUUUUUUUGUUUGUUGAGUGAGAGUAAAUUUUACCAGUACAUUAUUUUCAAAAAUAUUGAAAUUAUGGCUGAGAAAGAAAAAGCCAAAGCUGUUCAGUCCAAGCACAUUCCAAAAGACGGUCAAGUAAUCAUGGCUAUAAUGAAAGAAAUGGGGAUAACAGAUUAUGAACCCAAAACAAUUGUGCAGCUCACAGAAUUUGUGUACAGGUAUGCAACAUCCAUACUCGAAGAGGCUAGAAUGUAUUCCAAUAAUUCAAAACAGAAAUUUUUGGGAGUGGAUGAUGUCCGUCUAGCGCUGCAACUAACCUGUGAAUCUACUUUCACGACACCUCCUCCACGAGAAGUAUUGAUGGAACUAGCCCAUGUUAAGAAUUAUUCACAUUUACCUCAAGUCAAACGCCACUGUGGCCUGAGACUACCCCCUGACAGAUACUGCCUGUCAUCUUGCAAUUACACCCUCAAGAGCUCCAAGAAAGGCAAAGGAAACUUUAGUAUGGCUGGUAGUCCGGCCAUAAAAAUGACUCCAAAAGCGAAUAUAAACUUUUUAAAGAGAACCACACCCACAAUCUCGAAACAGACUGUUACGAUACCAAAACCAAUUACAAAAGUUAUUACAACACAACCCCAAUUGCAAAAGACAUUACUUAAACCAAAAAUAGAGAUUACACAAAAUGUGCAGAUAGCACCUCCAAUUAAAACUGAAAUGGAUUUCGAUACUUCUGGGAUAUUGAAACGGAAAAGAGAGGAUGACUCUGAACCAAUGCAAACAUAGUUAAUAUUUUGAUAAAAUCUAUAAGCAGAUAUAGAUAACUUAUAUUUUAUAUAUGAUGGGUCAGAGGGAAAAACGAUGAAUGUCAAUUUGUGGUAAUUUUGAGAUUCUUGCACAAUCUGUUAGCUUAGAAAGAGUACUAUCAACCUGUGAAUGGCCGAGAGGAAAUAACGAUGAGAAUUGCCUUAAAAACAGUCAGUCAGAAGAUUGGAUGCAAGGGGAAGAAACAAUGAAUAUGUAACUUUGUUUUUUAUUUUACCGAAAAUGUUUCCAGAUAGACAUUCAUUGUUCUUCUCACUGACCCUUCAUAGGUAAUUCUAAUCUAUAGUGUAUGUAUAAAUAAUUUUAGUAUAUAUUAAUUCUGUAUAAAUUGUUAUUUAUGUCUGAUGUAAUUGUAUUCUAAUUAUAAAAAGUUGUGGUGGA